AUGGAUAACCAUGCAAGACCUCGAGCCAAAUUCACAGUUUGGUUUCUGUUAAAUGGCAAGCUUCCUACAAAGGAUAGACUCAAGAAGUUUGGAGUGAUUGACAGUAGUGGAUGUAGUUUCUGUGAUGCCGGUGAGUCCAUGGACCAUCUGUUUUUUGCUUGUUCAGGUUUUUGCUCCGUGUGGAGAGAGGUCCUUGGCCAGUUGAACAUCAGACGCAAGCUUGCUAGCUGGGAGAAUGAGAAAAAUUGGUUAAAUAGAGAAGCUAACAAGAACGGGUGGAAAGCUAAAAUCCUCAAAUUAGCAAGUAUAGAGACAAUUUAUGAAUUAUGGAGAAGUAAGAAUAAAAGAUUGUUUAAUCACAAGAAGAUGGAUUCCACUUUAGUUGAUAAAAUUAUGCAUAAUAUUGUAACUAGAAGUAACAUGUAUAGAGAUCUAGCUGAUCAUGUAACUAGAAUCAUUGGUAGGAAUUAG